AUGCCUUUAAAUGACCUGAAACCGACCCGCCACUUUUUCUACUAUCAAAAUCAAUUGCAGCAGCCCCCAAUCCCGCAAUCAUCCCAACCCACUGGCCCCAACCAACCAGCAUCGCAGCACAUGGCAAAACGCUAA